ACUGAAUGCAAGCAAUGAUUGCAGACAACAAUACGUGACGUAAUGUUAGGCAAAGAUUGUAAACAUUGAGUGAAAGCCAAACAAAAAUGUGAUUUCAAUUGAGUUAUGAUUUAAGCGAUUCAUUGCUUACGAUAUGAAUUCAAACACUAAUACAAAUCAAUACAAAUGUCAUAUCGUUUGGCAACAAAUCAUUGCAAUCGAUGUCAAGUAUAAUGUCUUCAGAAACCCUAAUAUCAAAAUACUGUAUAUUAAGCGAAGAAAUCAGAUCUUAAGGGAGAGAUCCAAACGUGAGUUGAAUUCAUACCGAAAACAAUACCUCAAACUCCGGUCACAACUCUUAAGCCAAAAAUAUGGCAUUUCUUGCGAUCAGUCUGGCCGCAAUCGAUACGUCCGAAGCAAUAGUAACAGCCGAUUGGCGUCCGAAGACUCAAUGGACUCGCGAUCGGGUCGUCCGCUUUGGUCAGCCAUACAAUCGGAUCCAUUCUAUGACCGAUUGAUACCAAACUACGGUCUGGAUCUGAGCCGUCAUAAUGUGGUGAACGCCUUCUCCGAGAACUACUCAUUUUCAGGAAUGCAUCACAUCUUCGAUCAGCACAAAGAAGCGGUCACUUCCAUCAGAUUCGCCAACGACGACAAGUCGCUGCUCUGUUGCUCAUCGAUGGACUCGACUCUAUCCAUAUGUCAAUUGACUCCAUCGCCGGCGACAAUACUCUAUGUGUUGAGAGGACAUAAGGCGGGUGUCGUCGACUUUGAGUGGUCGCUCUCUAACGACUUGAUAGUCAGCUGUUCGCUGGACUCGACCGUCAAGUUGUGGGGCGCGGCCUCUGGCUAUUGUCUUCGCACUAUAGACGACCCGUACGCGUGUCCAGUGAUGGCCUGUGUCUUCCAUCCCUAUAACAACAAUAUGGUAGUGGCGGCCAAUGCCAAGGGCUGUCUUCAGGUGCUCAACGUGUCAACUGGUAUAUACACGAAGAGAGUGGCCUUCGAUGGCGAUGAACACAAUUCAAUUCUGUGUCUGUGUUUUGACACUACGGGACACACCCUAUGGGUCGGCGAUUCAAAGGGUUUCAUCUCGUCGUUCAUAUUCGAGAUGAGAAGCUGUCGAUUGGUUUUAGUGAACAAAGUGAUAGUAGUGGCCGGUUGUGCCAUCACAUCCAUCUCCAACCGGUGUGUGUCAGGUCUGGUCAAUAGCGAGCCCCUGCUUCUGGUGAACAGCGCCUGCAAUGCUUUACUAUUAUUUAAAGUGAUUCCCAGAGAAGCGAAUCUUGAGAUUAUUCAGAGUUUUUCCAUUAAACACCAGAACAAGGAUUUAAUAAUUCGCAGCUCUUUUUGUCCGAUUAUCUCGAAUCGAGAGGGAGUUUGUGUUGUGACGGGUUGUGAAGACACGUGUGUCUACUUCUUUACUGUCGAGGAAAAUAAGUAUUGCAAAAGCAAAUGCGUUAACAAACUUCAGGGACAUUCGGCGCCCGUUCUGGACGUGUGUUUCAAUUAUGACGAAAGUCUGUUGGCUUCCAGUGAUAGCAAAGGAAAUGUUAUUAUUUGGAAACGAGAGUCAUAUUAA